GUUAAUGGACCUGAUGGCAUUCUGCAGAAUGGAGCUGUGGAUGAUAACGUGGCUAAAACCAGCCAGCUUCUGGCAGAGUUGAAUUUUGAAGAAGAUGAAGAAGAUACCUAUUACACAAAGGAUCUUCCUGUGCAUGCGUGCAGUUACUGUGGUAUCCAUGACCCUGCUUGUGUGGUUUACUGUAACACCAGCAAAAAGUGGUUCUGUAAUGGGCGUGGAAAUACAUCUGGCAGCCACAUUGUUAAUCAUCUUGUGAGAGCAAAGUGCAAAGAGGUGACUCUUCAUAAAGAUGGACCUCUAGGAGAGACUGUCUUGGAAUGUUAUAACUGUGGAUGUCGUAAUGUGUUUCUCCUUGGCUUUAUUCCAGCUAAGGCAGACUCUGUGGUGGUUUUGCUGUGCAGGCAGCCAUGUGCCAGUCAGAGCAGCUUAAAGGAUAUUAAUUGGGACAGUUCACAGUGGCAGCCUCUCAUCCAAGAUCGCUGUUUCCUUUCAUGGCUGGUAAAGAUUCCAUCUGAACAGGAACAGUUGAGAGCACGUCAGAUUACAGCUCAACAGAUUAACAAACUGGAAGAACUUUGGAAGGAAAAUCCAUCUGCAACCCUUGAGGACUUAGAAAAGCCAGGUGUUGAUGAAGAACCACAGCAUGUCCUGCUUAGAUAUGAAGAUGCUUAUCAAUACCAAAAUAUAUUUGGUCCUCUAGUCAAGCUUGAGGCAGACUAUGACAAGAAGCUCAAGGAGUCUCAGACCCAAGAUAACAUCACGGUCAGAUGGGACCUGGGCUUGAACAAGAAAAGAAUUGCUUAUUUCACUUUGCCAAAGACUGAUUCAGAUAUGCGUCUUAUGCAAGGAGAUGAGAUCUGCUUGAGGUAUAAAGGAGACCUGGCCCCUUUAUGGAAAGGAAUUGGUCAUGUUAUCAAAGUUCCUGAUAAUUAUGGUGAUGAGAUAGCCAUUGAACUGAGGAGCAGCGUUGGAGCGCCUGUGGAAGUUACUCAUAACUUCCAAGUGGAUUUUGUAUGGAAGUCUACUUCGUUUGACAGAAUGCAGAGUGCUUUAAAAACAUUUGCUGUGGAUGAGACUUCAGUGUCUGGGUACAUCUAUCACAAACUGUUAGGUCAUGAGGUAGAAGAUGUAAUUAUUAAAUGCCAGUUGCCAAAGCGCUUUACAGCACAAGGACUUCCUGAUCUCAACCAUUCUCAGGUUUAUGCUGUGAAGACUGUCCUGCAGCGUCCUCUGAGCCUUAUUCAGGGUCCCCCUGGUACUGGAAAAACAGUGACAUCAGCCACAAUCGUCUAUCAUCUGGCUAGACAGGGCAAUGGGCCUGUGUUAGUCUGUGCUCCGAGUAAUAUAGCUGUAGAUCAGUUGACUGAGAAGAUCCAUCAAACUGGACUGAAAGUGGUUCGUCUGUGUGCUAAAAGUCGUGAGGCAAUUGACUCUCCUGUAUCCUUCUUGGCAUUGCAUAACCAGAUCAGAAACAUGGAUAGCAUGCCAGAGCUUCAGAAACUGCAGCAGCUUAAAGAUGAAACUGGAGAACUGUCAUCUGCUGAUGAGAAACGUUACCGUGCACUGAAACGAACAGCAGAGCGUGAAUUACUUAUGAAUGCAGAUGUGAUCUGUUGCACAUGUGUGGGAGCUGGUGAUCCAAGACUUGCAAAAAUGCAGUUCCGCUCCAUUCUGAUUGAUGAAAGCACACAGGCUACUGAGCCAGAGUGCAUGGUGCCAGUUGUCCUGGGAGCAAAACAGCUUAUUCUUGUAGGUGACCACUGCCAGCUUGGUCCUGUUGUGAUGUGUAAAAAAGCUGCGAAGGCUGGCCUGUCUCAAUCUCUCUUUGAGAGGUUGGUGGUGCUGGGGAUUCGUCCGAUUCGCCUGCAAGUGCAGUAUCGCAUGCAUCCUGCACUCAGUGCUUUUCCAUCCAAUAUCUUCUAUGAGGGUUCACUCCAGAAUGGUGUUACUGCAGCGGACCGUGUGAAAAAAGGUUUUGAUUUCCAGUGGCCACAGCCAGAUAAGCCAAUGUUUUUCUAUGUUACACAAGGACAGGAAGAAAUUGCCAGCUCAGGCACCUCUUACUUGAACAGGACGGAAGCUGCCAAUGUGGAGAAGAUAACUACAAAGCUAUUGAAAGCUGGUGCCAAACCAGAUCAGAUUGGCAUUAUUACUCCUUAUGAAGGUCAACGAUCCUAUCUGGUGCAGUACAUGCAAUUCAGUGGCUCCUUGCAUACAAAGCUCUACCAGGAAGUGGAAAUUGCAAGUGUGGAUGCCUUCCAGGGUCGAGAGAAGGACUUUAUUAUCCUUUCUUGUGUGAGGGCCAAUGAACACCAAGGGAUAGGGUUUCUGAAUGACCCCAGGCGUCUUAAUGUAGCUCUUACAAGAGCAAGGUAUGGAGUAAUUAUUGUUGGCAACCCAAAAGCGCUGUCUAAACAACCACUUUGGAAUCACCUGCUGAAUUACUACAAGGAGCAGAAGGUUCUGGUGGAGGGACCACUGAAUAACCUCCGGGAAAGCCUUAUGCAGUUCAGCAAGCCCCGGAAACUUGUCAAUACCAUCAACCCAGGUGCCCGUUUCAUGACAACUGCCAUGUAUGAUGCACGUGAGGCUAUUAUUCCAGGAUCUGUCUAUGACCGGAGCAGUCAAGGGCGCCCAUCCAACAUGUACUUCCAAACCCACGACCAGAUCGGGAUGAUUAGUGCUGGCCCCAGCCAUGUCACUGCUAUGAACAUUCCUAUCCCGUUCAACCUUGUGAUGCCACCGAUGCCGCCACCAGGAUACUUUGGCCAGGCUAACGGACCAGCUGCAGGACGUGGGGCGCCAAAGGGGAAGACUGGUCGCGGUGGGCGCCAGAAAAAUCGUUUUGGGAUUCCUGGAACUAGUCAGUCAAAUCUUCCAAACAGUCAAGCGAGCCAAGAUGUGGUGUCCCAGCCUUUCUCCCAGGGUCCACUGACUCAGGGGUAUAUCUCCAUGAGUCAGCCAUCACAGAUGAGUCAGCCUGGGCUCUCCCAACCAGAAUUAUCACAGGACAGUUACCUUGGUGAUGAGUUUAAAUCUCAGAUUGACGUGGCGCUGUCACAGGACUCUACUUACCAGGGUGAACGUGCAUAUCAACAUGGCGGAGUGACGGGACUGUCACAGUAUUAGAGUGUUGAGGAAGAAGAGCUAAGCUUGUGUGGAGCUUAGUUCAUCAGCAUUUUAUUCUGGGUAAUAAAAAAAAUAAAAUAAAAUGGAUACCUGUUUUCCACUGCUAAAACUGAAGCACCACUGUGUGAGAGCAACAGGAGAAAGAAACCAACCAACGGAGAGGAGAGAGAAAGGAGCGCGCGCGAGAGAGCCCACUGCUAGCUCACUGAGACAAGGAGACUGACCGGAGAGGAGAGAGAGCACCGAAGGACUGGCUGGCGCCUCACUGGGAAGGCAACUCACCCUGAAAUGAGUGGUCAGCCGAGUCCCUGCUCCCCCAGUCAAACAAGCUCGAGAGAAGGGCCUUAAGCAGGUUUCACUUCAUUCCAUACUUCUCUUUGCGAGCAGGGCAUUACUUUUCAGAGCAGAUGGGGAGAGGAAAACCCUCAUCUCAGAGUUGUUCUCGUUGUAAAGGGGUACUAUAUUUUAGCAGUAACUGUUUACACUUUAGAAGCAGAGUAUCUUGAGAGAGAGAGGGAGAGUUCCUGACUAAGUGACAGCAAGCCAAGCAGAAAUCCAGCGGAAUGCAGCUGAUGCUCAACUCUGAGAUGCAGGUUUUGUUGUCCAACACUGGCUCUGAAAUCCUAGUGUCAUCGUGUCGCCCACAUUCUGAACGGGUCUUUCGUGACAAGGUGGUUUUAAGAGAUUCUUUCAAAGGAGCACUGAAUUUUUAGAAGUUU